AACUCUAUUCGACAUAACCUCUCCCUGCACAGCAAGUUUAUUAAGGUCCAUAAUGAAGCCACAGGAAAGAGCUCUUGGUGGAUGCUCAAUCCUGAGGGUGGUAAAAGUGGAAAAGCACCAAGAAGAAGAGCUGCCUCCAUGGACAACAGCAGCAAACUUGCAAAAGUCAGAGGUAAAGCAUCCAGGAAGAAGCCUCCUCUCCAGUCUGCACCAGAAUCCUCUGCUGACAGUCCUGGAUCCCAGUUUCCUAAGUGGCCAGGGAGCCCAUCCUCGAGAAGCAAUGAGGACUCUGAUGUGUGGAACACCUUCCGGCCUCGAACCAGUUCCAAUGCAAGCACCAUUAGUGCCAGGCUCUCUCCCAUCCUCACGGAGCAGGAUGACCUUCAUGAAGAAGAGCUGCUUCCUUCUCUGGUGUACUCCAGUGCAUCCAGCAAUGUUCCACCAACUGUGACUGAGGAGCUUGAGCUCAUUGAUGGGUUAAAUUUGAUGUCUCCCAGCUCAUCUGUGUUAUCCACCCAGCAAUCUGCCUCCAGUGGUCAGAUCCAGAGAGAUUCCAGCUUUUCCUUGCAGAGCCCAAAUGCGGCUGGUCAAACUUUUGGCAAUUCCCUGUUUAACCCUGUUGAUAUUUCACUGCAAAGUUCUGUCAGCCAUUUUUCUGCCCCUCAGACCUUGGAAGCUCUUCUGACACCUAGCUCUCCGCCUCCAAGGGAUGUUCUGAUGACUCAGGUGGAUCCAGUUCUCCCACAGACUGGUAACAGGAUGACCAGCAGAACUCUUCUGCUCCUAGGUGGACAAGCUGCCCAGAGUAAGAUGAGCUCAGGCAAUCCACGAGGAAAGCCUGCAGAGCAGCAGGCAGAACCAGUCGGUGCCAGUGUUUUGCCAUCAACACUUCCCAUAGUAACAUCUCCACAAAACACUGCCAGCAUCACCAGUUUGAAGGCUCCAGUCUCUGCAACAACUGCCCAGUCAGUGCAGCUGGGCAGUCCAGUGCUUCUGUCAUCUGCUAGCCCUGCUUCCUUGGGGUUGAACCAGGACAGGCUGCCCACUGACCUGGACAUUGACAUGUACAUGGAAAACCUUGAAUGUGAUAUGGAUUACAUAAUCAACAGUGAACUCAUGGAUGGAGAAGGACUGGACUUUAAUUUUGAACCCAUUCUGUCUACUCCCAGCUAUCCCAGCACCUCGCAGGCCUCCAACCAUACCUGGUCCUCCUUGGACACUUUCAAGUCUCCAGCAUCUCAGCAGCACGGACUUGCCUCACAGUUUGGUAAUUGCACGUAA